AUGGCUUCAAUUUUAGUAGCAGCAUUGUUAUCUUUAGCAACACUACUACUUCUGGCAGUUGGGUCUAAUGCAGGCGGAAUCGCGAUUUACUGGGGCCAAAAUGGAAAUGAAGGCACAUUAGCACAAACAUGUGCCUCAGGGAACUACAAGUUUGUAAACAUAGCUUUCCUUUCAUCAUUUGGCAAUGGCCGAAUCCCUACCAUCAACCUUGCGGGUCACUGUGACCCGUACAGCAAUGGAUGCACCAAGUUCAGCUCGCAAAUAAAGUCGUGCCAAGCCAAAGGCAUCAAGGUCAUACUAUCUAUUGGAGGUGGUGCUGGAGGCUACUCUCUAGCUUCAUCCAGUGAUGCCCGCCAAUUUGGUGCUUACUUGUGGAACAACUUCUUGGGAGGACACUCCUCUUCAAGGCCGUUGGGAGAUGCUGUUUUGGAUGGAGUUGACUUCGACAUUGAAGGAGGGAAUGACCAGUACUAUGAUGACCUUGCUAGAUACCUUUCGGCGCAGAGCAAGAAGGGCAGCAAGAAAGUUUACUUGACUGCCGCUCCACAGUGUCCCUUUCCUGAUGCUUAUGUUGGAAAUGCACUUGAGACAGGCCUAUUUGACUAUGUUUGGGUUCAAUUUUACAACAACCCUCCUUGUCAGUACACUUCUGGCGAUGUCACCAAUCUCGAAAACGCUUGGAAGCAAUGGACUUCAGCCAUUCCUGCACAAAAGAUCUUUUUAGGACUCCCUGCUGCACCUCAAGCUGCUGGUAGCGGAUUCAUUCCUGCUGCUGCUCUCACUUCAAAAGUCCUUCCGGGUAUAAAAAAUUCGGCUAAAUAUGGUGGUGUCAUGCUUUGGUCCAAGUAUUAUGAUGAUCUUGAUGGAUACAGCUCCUCCAUCAAGAAUCAUGUCUAGACUCUAGAAUGUAAAUUGAAAACGAUCCUUGUGUAUGUAAUUAAAAAUCCUAUAUGCACUAUAUGAAUGUUAUAUAUAAAGAAUGAACUUUGAUGAGCUCUGUUUGUGGAAGAUGUACAUCUGUUUUGACUAUCUAGGGGACACUGUGGAAUAACUGCAUGUAGCUUGAGAUGAAUGGUGGGUGUUGAUGGUGAAUGAGCU